AUGAAGGUCAGUAGUGAAACCCGAGAGGAGGUUGUAUUGCAAAGUUCAGAUAAUAGUAAUUUGAAGUUUAUUUCUGAUAGUGGCAGUAUGCCACAUUCAUCGUCUUACGAAGAUUUGGAUAAACCGGUUUGUAAUAAUUGUCUUACCUCUAAGACGCCAUUGUGGAGAAGAGAUGAAUUUGGAUCAAUAUUAUGUAAUGCAUGUGGGUUAUUUUUGAAAUUACACGGGAAACCACGACCAGUUUCACUAAAGACUGAUGUGAUAUUGAAGAGAAAUAGGAUACCAUCUAAUGCGAGAUCAUCCAAAGCAGAUGUCAAAGAUGAUUCUGAUAGUUCGGUGUGUGGUACGGGUACUCCCGGCGAUGGCAACAAAAAGAGGAAAAAUGCAUCCAUUUCACUCGAUAGUAGUAGUCGUGAGAACAAUAAAAUUAAGAACCCAACGACGGCACACGACUUGAGAAUAUUGAAUCUUAUGCAGAUGGAAAGUAUAAAACCAAAAUUAAAGCCAAAGCUACCUAGACCAAGUUCUGGCAGGACAGAAUUUGGGACGCCAUCGGAGAAUCAUAGUCGGAACAAUAGUUAUGAUUCAGGGACUGUUAGCGACCUUAACUCUUCUGAAAAUUCAUCGACAGAUGAGUCUCAUUAUAACUUGACGGUACCGCAAUUAAAUAAACAAGACACCAAAAUACAUUUGCUUCCAAGUGCGCACCAACAUAAUCAAAAGAAAAAACCAGAGUAUUAUAACCAACAUAAUCAUCAUAAUCAUCGUAAUACUGCUAAUAAGCUGCCUGGUCUACAGUCAUUGAUACGAGACGUUGAGAAGAGCACAAGCAACACCUCGUUGUAUGGUGACUCAAGACCACAAUCUGAAGCUGAUUACAUAUUGAACCACCCAACUAAGCUGGUACCAAACCCCAAACUAACAUCAGAUGAUACUGUUGUAUCCAACAAUACCACACUUCUUAUGGACACGUCGGGAAAACCAGAUAGUCUCCUUCAUUUGAGGACAGUACUCCAGUAUGAAGAAGAGAUUAUUAGAUUGAAAUCCAAAAUAAAUGAACUUGAAUCAGUGAAACAUCUUUAUAAGAAGCAUAUAGAUCAAUUGGAUAAGAAAUGCGGUGACCUCGAGAUAAAGCUCCGGGAAAGUGACACCGCCACACAAAACAGCAUAAAAGAAAUCAUAUAG